AUGUCAGAAACCCAGGAUCUUAUGUCGGUCAAUUUGACCCUAGCAACCAACUGGACGGCUCCCAGCUUAAGCUUAUUGAACUUCACUUCGCAGGAUUGCGAUGAAGCCACAGCAUGGGCCGGCGCUUCAUCAGAAGCAUUCGUAACCGACUGGAACAAGAUGAGUGAAAUUCCACUCGGGCUGUCUAUUCCCUAUCUGAGGGCCCUCCUGCCAAAUUAUUGGGCCCCAGCAACUGAGACCGAUCUCACCCUUUGGUACAUGCAAUUGGUCCACAACGAGACAUUUCGCAAUGCUAGCAACGGCUACAACUUUGCCAUGGCUUAUUUACUCUCAUACCCGAUGACUGAUGCUUGCGGGAGCAUGAUCUGCUUGAAGCUCGGUUGGGAAGGAGACCCAGACGUGUCAGGGGAGGGAAUGAUCGUCAGUUAUUAUUUUGCUGCCGGUCUCUCUACCAUCUAUUUUGCCGUACUCAUCUGGUCCAUCGUUGGUCGCUUUGGGCAUGUACUUCUUGAUCAUCCUAAGGUUGAAAGAACCGUUAGCUGUUUCAAGGAGUCCAUCAACACGUUCCUCGACGCAAGCCUAAUAUUCUCGGUUGCAAUGUUAGGUGCUGCUGUCGUACGAUUCGCUACCAUUCGGACAGACCCUAAUGAGGAUCAUUCUGCCUAUGCCACUCUUGGCUCAGUCGCCAUGUCUUCGUUCUCUGUCCUGCCUGCUGUGAUACUACAGACAGUGACGGAUGGCCAGCGGACCCAUGUUCUCCGUCAAAUAUUAUGGUUCGCGGUCAUCGUAAUGACAGUUGGACUGGACAUAAUGUAUCGCAAGACGUACAAGGACCCGAGUGAUAUAGAUCCGGAUGACUUACGGGGUCAAUAUCCGCCCUCUCAAAUUGCUUGGCUAAAUCUCUGCGAGAAUGAGGAGUUGAGAGAUAGACUCAGAAUGGCAGUUACGGGCACUCAUGCUCUGCUUGCCAUCAACACCCUCUGGUGGGUUUAUUAUCUUCUCGUCACUGUUCUUCCGCUAGAGGUACGCACGAAAAUGGGUGAAACUAGGAUUGGGACAUUUUUCGCUCACUGCCGUCGCUGGCUCCGGGCGCUCGAUGGAAUUGCAUGCAUGGCCAUGAUGUGGCUGCUACUUUCCCUGUUCGAGAGAUAUAGGCACUAUGUUCAGCUUUUGGCCGGGCGGUCGGACCAAGACACCGAAUGGACAUUUGGACAAGUUCUGGCACUUGCCACAUGGGCGCCAGUACUUGUCGAGUUCUGGAGCAUACUACUAUAUGGACCAGAGAAGGGCCUAAGUAGAAAGCUUUCGUCUAACUACGAGGUUGUUGCCGUAACUACUUCCGACGGGCAGGAGAAGGGUACACCUAGGGACGAUCGCGGCUAA